CUCUCCUACAGCCCAAUUCUUCGCCUCCUUCAGGCCAAGCGGAGCAGCGGCAAGAGCGACAGGAUUUUAACUGAGGAUAACGCGCAUCAAAAGGAUCUGAGAUUUCCCGGGGAAUUGGUCACCAAAGACGGGGGAGAGAGAGAAAAUAACAGGAUACGGUAUCGCCAAGGAAGAGUUUUCAUCUGCAGAGACAAGAGAGGGGGAAACAAGUCACUCGGAUCCUGAAAGAUCUUUGAGGCUCUUUCAGACAUCAGAACGUUUAUCCGGUUCGCACCUGCAUGUGCGUCGCGCGUGGACUCUGGGUCUGUGGGGAUAAAAGUGCGUAAAAAUUCUGUCCGUUUUUACGCACGGGGGCAUAGCAGAGCUGGAGAGACGCGGAUACGCUCCUAUACGCACGAUGCUGAUCGGUACGUCUGCGCAGGGCAGCCCCCUCCUGGCUUCCCUCCCUGUCCCAGGACGGCCCCUACAGCCUCAGCUCGACCUCAAACACCUCCUGCCCUUCAGACUCAAUGGCUCCUCUCCACUCAGCCUUUUCCCAAACUUUAACACGAUGGACCCUGUCCAGAAGGCAGUGAUCAACCACACAUUCGGCGUCCCUCAACCCCUCAAGAAGAAACAGAUCAUCUCCUGCAACAUAUGCCAUCUGCGCUUUAACUCGACGAACCAAGCAGAGGCCCACUACAAGGGCCACAAGCACGCCCGCAAACUCAAAGCCAUGGAGGCCCAGAAGAACAGGCAGCGACGAGCAGGGGAGGCCUCAUCCACGGGGCGGGAGAGAGAGCGAGACAGAGAUCGGGAACGGGAUCGAGACCGAGACCGGAGCAAGACGUCCACAUCUGAGACAACACUUCCUGCGCUGAUGGAUACAAGCGCAGUGGAAGGGACAGGACUUCAGUCUGAUCUAGAAAUGGUCAAGCAGGAGGAGGAGGAGGAGCCUGAGAAGAGUCCUACGAGCUCAGUGAUGUUGACACUGGUAUCCGAGGUCUCCUCCGUGGAUUUGAUCACCAUGUCCCCCCCUCAGAUAUCACCUUCCUCCCAGCUCUCAGAGACGGCCUCAGACACCAGCUCACCUGAAGCCCCAGAGGCAGCCGAGGCUCCAGAGGCUCCAGAGGCUCCAGAGGCUCCAGAGGCCUCAGAGGCUCCAGAGGCUUCAGAGGCCGCAGGCCAGACCCAUGAGUCAGGCAGCCAUGCAGACUCAUCCAGCACAAAUGAGGAGUCACAUUUAGAUGAGGAGAAGGACCCCAAGAAGAGCAAGGCUCACCUCCAUUGUCCUGUCUGCAAAGUCACAGUCAACUCUGUCUCCCAACUCGAAGCACACAACAGCGGUACAAAGCACAAACUGAUGCUGGAGGGUCACAGUGUUCAGCCUCGACGCAGAGGGAAAGUGGUGGCAGCUCGCGCAGGCUGCAAGAGUAAGCGGCUGGGCAGCAAAGGAAGCGUCGGGGUGCCCUGCAAGAACUUUCAGUGUGAAGUGUGUGAGAUUUUUGUCAACUCAGAGACACAGCUGAGCCAGCACAUGAAUAGCAGAAGGCACAAGGAUAGGCUGGCCGGAAAACCACCCAAACCCAAAUUUACCCCCCACAGUAAGAGCCAGCCGAGCUCCAGCUUAGCGAACGUGAGAUGGAGUGGCUAUGCAGGCGUGGCUGUGUCUGCAAUGAAGAAAGCAUUCAGCCAGUACAAUCUCACCUCCCUCUCCUUGCAGACCAAACUGGCCUUGCAGAAGCAGCUGACCAAGAGCUUGACAACUGGCUUCCUGCCCAGCCCCCUCACCCAGCCAACUCUGUGCACAAUGGCAACUAACCCACUGGCUCUGCGCCACCCAGUGGGCACCACCACCUUCAUCCAGACCCCCUUCCUGGGGCCCACAUUGUUCCGGCCCGCCCCUGGGCCGCUGCGAGCCACACACACACCCAUCAUCUUCUCCCCUUACUAAAGACUUCGCCCCUUUCCAACUUGAGCUCCACCCUUGUCCCUUUACCAAACCCCAGGCCCUCCUCAAGUGUGACCCACAUGACAAAGGCCACAAGCAAACUAUGCAGCCCGUCUGACUUACCGGAACAAGUGCACAAGUCCUGAUGCUCCAUAGAGAGCUGUUCUUAUCCUAAAGGCCAAGAUCCCCCCAUCAUGCCUUCUUUCUGCUCCUCCUAUCAUGACCUAAGGAGCAGGACCGGCCUCCAGAAAGUGACUGGUGCACAGAGGCCACUUUUAUAGCCAUUUUAUGGGUCAAUGUGGUUCAGAUUAUGGAUAUUAUUGUGUAAUUUAUUAGAGAACAAAUAUAGACAAGUCUAGAUGUAUGUUUAGUGUGGUUGCCACAGAAUAAGGUCCCUUUACUUGAUGCUCUUAUAAAAUGUUUUUUUAACUUAUUGGUGCGGAGGGUUUGGUGGACAGUGGGAGGGUCGUAGAUAAUUAAAGCAGCUGAACCUGCAGCAUCCAUCUGUAUGUGGACGGGUUGUCUCACUCAUCAGGGGUUUCAACAAGCUUAAUGGAUCAUCUGAGGUCAUAUCCUGUCACAUAUCAUCUUCAUAUGGCAAAUAUAAGCUCUCAGAACAAGUACCAUAUGUCAACUUUAUUACACACUACAAACAAUAAUUACAUAAUAAUCCAAAAAAAAACAUUUGUAUUUUUAUGCAUUAUUGACUGUUUAUAAAGAUACAUGUACACGACCCACCUUACCUUCCUUCCACUGUACAAAAGUGAAGCCAAAAUAGCCCCUGUUGCGAGUUCUUGUCCAGAUGACAGGCUGCACCAUUUCCCUAACCGAAACUCACAUUUACCUCAUCAAUAAAUGUAAAAGAUUCCUCAGUACAGAUCGGUACAGCCCAUAGCAGAACAGAUUCUUGUGUAGGUUUGUCACCGUUUGCUACUACUCCUUUCAUAGUUACUCUUCUACUCUGCUAAUCUGGUGCACGCAUCGCCACAGGAGCCGCACUGGUCAAAAAAAAAAGUGGUCAAUCAUGGCGUUAAACCCCUAUAUGUAGCAUCAUAUAGCUUUAGAAACAAUUAGAAUUAGAACCAAAAAUGCAUGAAAAAUAAAUCAGCAUAAGAUCAAGUUUGAUAACAAAAACAAUAUUUAAUGAGUAUUUUGAUGAUUUCAUUUGACCCAUGUGGGAUCUGUAUACUUGGAGGAGGCAGGUUUUAUGACCUAUGAAGCCGCAAGUCAAUAGCUCCAUUUGAUUUUGGCUUCACUUCUGGGGAGCGGUCAUGUCAUCCAUUCUCUUAUACAGUCUGUUUUACACCCACCAGUCCUCCCAAACGCUGAAACCCAGGGCCAUUGACUUAUAUAAUUAAAACAUUUCUUGCUCUCUUCAUUUUUCUGAGUCACUGCAUCAGUCAGAUUAUUUUCGCGCCCCUGUAUCCUCAGGAUUAAGCACUCAUUAAGGUCCAGAAAAGGUCAGCUUGUCAACUCAACUUUGUUUCAAUUCGCAGAUCUGUCCUUUCUUUAGAAUGGCUUUUUUUUUUUUCUUUCUUUUGCUUCGGUGCAUCAUUUGUGCGUUCUGUCCCCUCCAAGCUGGCGGCAUGAAAACAUGUUUGCAGCUUUGGAUGUCUUACAUUACAAAAAAUGUCAUUCAUUCUUAUGUCCUCAUGACUGCUCCUUUUUCCUUUCUCUUCCUCCUUCAUCCCCAUGUCCUCACCUCACUGUUGCUCUUGAUUUUUCUGUGGCGUUAACUCAGCAUGAGACAAUGAUGAGGAGCAGGGAGCACCCUUCCAAGACGCAAUUGCACACACAAUAAAAACACAAAGGAUGACUUGAGACAUGAUGGGAUUUAAGAGCUCAGUUUAAGUUUGGUAGACAUUGGGUGGGGCCAAUGCCCAGCUGGUGCUUGAUUGACAUCCUGUUGCAGAGUGUGAGCACAGCGUGGGAGGGAACAAAGCACAGUGCCAUGGCAACCACAUUAAAAGCACCUUAAAACUGAUUUACUUACAAAAGCAAUGAAAAAUUGUGUUGAUGUUCACCUUUUUUUGCUGUUGGAGUGUUUUUUUUACAAUCCCAUGUCAAUGUUAGUGAGAAUUCUGCUUUGAGAACCCCAAAAAAUCAAUCAGGUGAAAAGAAAAUCACUUUAAGACAAGUCUCACAUUUAAAGCAAUACAUUCAAUAUGUUUUAUUUAUAAUGUGUUUUCAGUGUGUCAAUGGCUUUAACUAUUCUAUACUGUACACACCUGUAACAAUGUAUCAUGUACUUCAACACAGCCAAGUGUCAUACUGAACAGUCAGCGUGGAAUCAUUUGAAAUGUGGCGUUGACGGUGCUUCUCUUGAUGCUCACUGUAAGUCUCCGCAUGUUGGGAUUCAAAGCAGACGAGGUUUCAUUCACAGCUGCUCUCGCGCUGCAGUGUGACACUGCUUUUUCACUCUCAAGUGAAGCAGGGAAAAACUUUUGUAUGACUUCCACUGAGCAAAACAUUGUUACGUCAGAGACAAGUGUUCGGGAUGAGUGUCACAAGAGCAACAUCGACUGUCAUAUCGCUGUUCAUGCUGUGUGCUGUCUCCCCCCUGCCCACACAGGAAUUCGACUGACAAGCAGCCCUCCUUCUGCCAAAACGGACUGUUGGCGAGGUCUCAUAAGGACUUGAAGCGUUACACAUCAUCCUCCCUUCAUACCAAAUCAUGUUCUCUUAAAUUACAGCGAUCCUAUGCAUUUCUCAUUGUGCAAUAUGUAUAGUUGUUUGUGAUGCAGCAGUGCCAUCUGUCGUACAAACCCUGUAAUUGCCAUUCAGUGCUUGUGCUUCUACAGAACAUCUCAACAUACCUAUAUUUCUGUUUAAGGACCCCCGAGUGAUUUUGGGUAAUCGAAGCCACCGGGUUCCCCGCCAUAUCAAUGUGACCCCCCUCCUCCCCCCAGUUGCAUUACUCAGUGAACCAGCCAGCCUUUAAUCUUCACUGUUUGUUUGUUUCUGUCGCUCAGUGGGAACUCUGACCUGAAGAAGUGAAACUUUCUUAAAAUAAAGAAUCUAGAGAAGGCUAAAUUAUAUGUAGAAACCAUAGAGUAACUAUAGAUAUUUUAUCAGAGUUGCUAUUGUUAUCUGUAUCAUAAAGAACUGCUAUCAUAGAAGAGGGUAGAUUAUGUUAUUGUAGGCUCUGUGCAGCAUACAUGGAAGAAAAAAAAAAUCUUUGUUUAUUUACGUGGUUUUACAAACAUGUUUUUUUUAAGUACAAAAACAGAUAUUUAAAAGCUUUUUUUCCUCUCCUUGUUGAUUAAUAAUAUAAUUCAAGGCCUUUUUUUAAGACGAUAUCCUAAAGUCACAUUAGCCAGGCCUUCUCAGGGGUGACAGGUUGAGCAAAUGCUUACAUGACCAUCCAUUCAGGGUAUCCCUCCACAGCUCGACAGAGCAGGAAACACUGUACGCAUGGAUGGAGUGACAAACAAAAAUAGACAUACAGUGCUGUACCAUAGAGAGCAAAAGUGAUGGAUUUUGGAAAAUAAAGCUUUUAGAACUUGUAAAAAA